UCCGAGUCACAACAUAGCCUGAUAUCAUUUUCAUAUUAAUAUUUAUAUUAGGUUAUUAUUUACUCAUUGAGUGACGUCUCACCCCGUCAAUAUUUUUCCCAGAUGAAUAGCUAAAAUGGGUGAAGACCAUGGGACGAAGCAAGUUAGAGUUUGACAUGAUGAGGUGGGCGGAAGGCUGAACUCUCCACAUUGUUUUACAUGAGCUAUUUGAAGAUGGGGUUUUCCCAGAAAAAAAAUGAACCAAGAGUUUGAGGAUUUUUGUAAAUAGUUGAUGAUGUGCAUACAUUUUUAUGGGUUUUAAAUGGAGAAGAGCAGUUGGGUGUUACACUCUGGGUCAAUUUGGGAUGGUGCUUUGGGCAAUUUGGAAUGAACGCAAUAACCAAAUGUUCAACAACAAGAAAGCAGAGGAAUGAGAGAUCGUACACAAAGCGAUUGAUUACUAGGAGAAAUUCAAUUCACUUCAUAUGAAGGAAAGCUCAAGUACAGAAGACGUAGCUCGUACCUGGGAACCUCCGUCGACGGGAUGGAUAAAAGUUAAUGUGGAUGCUGCUGUGCUCGUGGGGAAGGAAUUAGUUUCGACGCAAUGGCACGCGAUGAGAAGGGUAAGUUCCUGAUGGCGACACUCAGAGAUUGCCUUCGGACUCAAAGCAAUUGCCUUCAGACUCCAACAGGCAGAGAUGAAUGGCUUUGAUUCAGUGGUGGUGGAGACCGAUUGACAAACCACAUUUCUCGCAUUGCAAAAGGCAGAGCAAACGAGAACGAAGACAAGGGCUCUCGUAGUCUCGUUCGGGAAGUGAGGGAAGAGGCGGAAAUGAUAGGCUCAAUACGCUGGCGUUUUGCCAAGCGAGAGUGCAAUAUGACGGCCCAUAUGAUGGCCCAUAUUAAAUGUAACUGGAAGGCCAGGACCGUUGGGUCACGAGCAAUGCAAUCAAAAUCGCGAUUUAAAACUUAAAAACUUACGCUUUUACACUUUUAAGUCACCAAAGCGCUUCUAAGUAAAAUCACACUUUUCCCUUAUAAAUGUAGUCAAAAUCUACGCUUUAAAACUUAAAAUCUUACGAUUUUACGUUUCUAUGUAGAAUCACGCUUUUGACUGCAUUGGUCACGAGACCACCACCAGUCUUCCUCCUUCCUCCUUCCCAUUUUGGACAAGUGAUUAUCUAAGACUACCCACAACAAACAUGGAAAAUAAGGGAAAAAAGGGGGAAAUCCCCAUAAUAGGAUAGCAUAAAAAGGAAAAAAAAGGAAGCGAGGAAGGGAAAACCCUUCGGUAGAAGUUAAAAGAAGGAGGGGAAGGGGGACCACACGGGUGGGAGGAGGAGGGGAGGCCGGAGGGGGGACCAUUUUUGUUUUUUGUUUUUUUUUAAGAAAAUAUUUGAUUGGUUUUCUGAUUGACUUUUUAGGAGUUUAUCAAUCGUACCAAUGACGCCUUGAAAACUCGAUGGCAGUUUAUCAACCAUUCAUGUCAGAAGUGGUAUGCGACAUUGAGGGAAGCAAAUGCUAAUCCACCGAGCGGAACUAACCAAGUAAAUGUGGUUAGUCAACUUCUACAACAUCUUUAUUUAAUUAAUGGUAUAAUUUUAGUUUUUAAAUUUUUAAUCAAGUAUAUUUUUUUCUAAUUAAUUGUUUACACCCGUCACGCGAAAGCUAUUUCAAGGAGGACACGAAGAAAGACUGGAAGUUGGAAGAAUGUUGGCAACUAAUCCAAGAGUGACCAAGAUUUAUGCAACAAUUUUAUGCUCCUGUUGCACUCAUUCCCCCAAUGGAUGGAUCUCAAUCGGCUAUGUCAAGUAUGAACCUGAUAGCCCCGACCUUCAUGCAGUUGCUGCUCCAAGAGUGCUCAACCGUCCCGAAGGUCGAGAUCAGCAGAAGAGGAAGAAAAAGGAGGUGGUGAACCUGCCGGCAUGAAAGAUUUUCAAAAGAGUUUGACGGACAUGGCAGCAAGUUCGGCAACACAUGCAAGAUUGGCUGUCGGUAGGGAGGAAAGGGAGAAGGCAAAGGAAGCAAGGGGAAAAAGUAGGUACGAGCGAGAAAUCAUGCUUCAUGAUCUUUCUCAAUUGGAUCCUCAACAAAGAUCACGGUACCAAAUUCAAAGAGAUCAAAUUAUGUUUGCGUACCAAUCAUCACCAUAUUAUACACCAUCUGGAGGAUCUUCCAGUAGCCCAUUUGAUGACACUUACACCCCCGACCAGUAGUCUUUAAAGAGUUGUUUGAUUUAUUUUUUAUGUAUGUUUUAUUUUUAGUGUGUUUGAUUUAAGUACUUUUAAUUUAUCUUUGAUGUAUCCUUUAUUUUUAGUGUGUUUACUUUAAGUAUUUCUCAAUGUAUCAUUGUUACUUUUUGUUCAAUAUUCAACAACUUUCUUUAUUAAAGUGCACCACUUAAAAUGGAGAAUACAUUGAUAACAAAAUGGAAAAUACAUUGAUAACAAAAGCACAACAAUUUGACAUAAAGUAAACUCAACACAGGAUACAAAUUCAAGUAAUUAAAGUGCACAACUUAAAAUUAGAGUCACAGCAUAUUUCUACUCCCCUCCUCCUGCUCUUGUCCACAAAUGAUCAACCAAAUCCGCUUUCAGUGCAUGAUGCCCUUCACAAUUACGAAUCCUAUUAUGCCUUAUCAUGUAUUCCAUGAGAGUUGGAGUGUCAUGAUCCGGUGGAUCUAAUGUGACAUCUGGAUUAGUCUCAUAUUCAAAGGCCUCCACAUGUUCUUCUCCAAACUCAUUUCAUUGGUCUUCAACUAUCAUAUUGUGUAGAAUAACGCAAGUUAGCAUAAUCUAUCCCAAUGUUUGUACAUCCCAAUAUCGCCCCGGAGCUCUAACAAUGGUCCAUCUUUCUUAUAAAAUGCCGAAAGCUCUCUCAACAUCCUUGCGGCAUGACUCUUGCCAUUUGGCAAACAAUUUCUUCUUCUGGUUACUAGGGUUGCUAAUGGUUUUCACAAAUGUAGACCGUUCAGGGUAAAUCCCGUCAACCAAGUAGUAACAUUGAUUGUAAAUGUUACCAUUUACCAUAUAGCUGACUUUUGGAAGAUUUCCUCUGACUGCUUCAUCGAAUAAUGGGGAGACUCCAAGAGUGCUUAUGUCAUUGUUUGAUUCGGGACUUCCGAAGAAGGCAUGCCAAAUCCAUGUGUCAUAUGAUGCUACAGCUUCCAGGACAAUUGUUGGCUUCCCCUUGUAUCUAGUAAAUUGUCCUUGCCACGCCAUUGGACAAUUUUCCCACUCCCAAUGCAUGUAGUCGAUUGUACCGAUCAUACCCGGAAAGCCACGCCAAUUGCUAUGAUGAAGAAGGCGGCGAAGAUCCUCCACAUUAGGUGAUCGUAAGUACUCAGAACCAUAGAUGGAGAUAAUGACAUUACAAAAUUUACGCAUACACUGCAGUACAGUGGUCUCACAACUUUACGUGAAUGUUAACGAUGUCGAGAUGAGGAUGCUUGCUCUUGGAACAUGAAGGCUCCUGCCAUCGCCAUCAGCUGUUGACGAUCACGGUCAAGCUGACACUCAUACUCCCAUUGCCUAGCAUCAUCUUCCUGCUGCCUCAUCAGCUUCUCUAUUAGGGGAACUCAUGAUGAAAAAGAAGUUGUGUGUGUUGAGAGAAUGAAGAAGGUUGAAUGGUAGGAUGAAUGGAUUGAAAAAGUUUAGCCUUCAUUUGUAGAAACACGAAAAGAUUCUCCAGCAAUAAUAUGACAACUGCAUGAACAGUUGAUUUUACCACUCAAUAUGAUUAAAGCUGGAUACAAAAUUGAUGGCACCACUCAAUAUGAAAAAAGCUGGAUGAACCGUUGAUGACACAUGUCAUUCUAAUUAAAGCUUGUCAAAAAG